AUGCCGACAGUUUUUAUUGCUGGUAAUAUCUAUCUAUCUAUCUAUCUAUCUAUCUAUCUAUCUAUCUAUUGUAUGUUCAUAUCUAUCUAUCUAUCUAUCUAUCUAUCUAUCUUAGUCUGCCCCCUCUGUCCCCCUCUGUCCCUCUCUCUCUUAUUCAUUUCACUCUCUUUCUAUCUAUCUAUCUAUCUAUCUAUCUAUCUAUCUAUCUAUCUAUCCCGCUUUUUCAUAUCUAUCUAUCUAUCUAUCUAUCUAUCUAUCUAUCUAUCUAUUAUAAUCUUCUGUCCCUCUCUCUAUCUUAAUCUAUUCACCGCUCUCUAUCUCUCUCUUUCUCUCUAUUUUAGUAUUUUCAGAUCUAUCUAUCUAUCUAUCUAUCUAUCUAUCUCUAUCUAUCUAUCUAUCUAUCUCGCUUUGCGUUUUUGUUUUAUUUUUGGGUAUCUUUUCUCGUCUUUCUUAUUAUCUUUUUCUUUCUUUCUUUCUUUCUUUCUUUCUUUCUUUCUUUCUUUCUAUUUAUUACUAUCCCUUGUUUGUUUGUUUCUUUUUUUAUUCAACACUUCUUUCCUUCCUUCUUUCUUUAUUUCUUUCUAUUUAUUACUAUCUCUUCUUUGUUUGCUUGUUUCUUUCUUUCUUUUUAUUAAACAUUUCUUUCUUUCUUUCUAUUUAUUACUAUCUCUUGUUUGUUUGUUUCUUUCUUUAUUUCUUUAUUUCUUUUUAUUAAACUCUUCUUUCCUUCUUUCUUUCUUUCUAUUUAUUACUAUCUCUUCUUUGUUUGUUUGCUUGUUUCUUUCUUUCUUUUUAUUAAACACUUCUUUCUUUCUUUCUUUUUUUAUUUUUGAAUAUCAUCUUUCUUUUAUUCUUUCUUUCUUUUUUUCUUUCUUUCUUUCUUUCUUUCUUAAUAUCAUCUUUCUUUCAUUCUUUCUUUCUCAACCUGUCUUCUUUCUUUCUUUCUUUCUUUCUUUCUUUCUUUCUUUCUUUCUUUCUUUCUUAAUAUCAUCUUUCUUUCAUUCUUUCUUUACCCUCCCCUCUUUUAUAUCCAAUUCCAAUACACCAUUUACCGUUAUUUGUUUUUCCUUUACCUGA